UUUGUCUAUUAUCUUUUGUAUCUCUAUCUUUCAAUAGCUCACCAUUGAUUUCAAGUGACUAUGUACUUUAUUUUUAAACAAAUUUUUGUUAAAAACGUCCCUACAAAAAGAGCCCCUAAGUUGCUUCGUGUUUAAGGAGAAGAUAAUAUAAAAGUUAAUUUUUGAUCCUUUAUUUUUGUUACUGUAGAUACAAGAGUGCUCAUAAUGAAUUUAGAAAGCUUAAACGAUGAAAUCGCGUCUGAAUUGUUAAACUUGGCGGGAGAUACAAAGCAAAUUCAGUGGCACGGUUUCUUAGAAAAAAUGUCGCAGUGCAUUAUCAGUAAAUACAAAGCCGGCUCAAAAGACGAAUAUCGAAAAAGUUGGAGAAAAGCUUUUAAGGAGAAUUCAAAGAGAUUAGGGCUCAAAGUUGUCCGUGAUACUUCUCAUAGUGAUAUCUGGGCAGAAAAGAUUGCUGCUGAAUUAAAACCCUCUAUAGUCGACACGGCCAGUAGCUCUGUUGGUAAUUCAACAUCCUCAUUACAAUAUCAAAGAAUUUUAACUGAAAAAGACAAGACUUUGAUGAAGCAUAUGUAUGACAAAAUCAGUGAAAAAUGGGCUUUGAAGGAGGGUGUUAUUGUAGAGGAUGUAAUUUAUAAUGAAGCGAAAGACUAUUAUGUUGAACACCCUUUACAUUCUUAUAUUUUGCAUAUCAAUGACAACAAAUUAGUUGAUAUGUUUAAGCCAGAGGAAAUCGAAGAAAUUGAAAAAGAAAGCGGGAAAGCCGAUUUAGUGAAGGCUUUACCAGAACCACUGGCCACUAUGCUGAUGAAUUUAGACGAAAAGGUAAACUCGGAUAGUCUUUUUUACUUAUACUCUGGAAUCUUACUGUUUGUUUAGAAUGACUUUGACUCAAUCAACGAAGCAUUUCAGGACAUUUCUUGCAACCGCCGACAGCAACCAGAAGAAUAUUGGUGUCGCGA